AUGUUUUCUAAAGCUCGGUUGUUGGUGUUAAUAGGCUUCAUAGCUUCAAUCCCUCUUAGUCAUACUCAAGGAGACAAUGUGAUUCCAUUGGUAUGCAAUGCUCGGUUUGUGGGUAAUAUCAAUGGGGGAGAAUGUGCAUCUAGUGACAAAGUGCGUUAUCAAUGCCAGGAUUGUCCCCCGACAGCUCAAUCUUUCCGGUACUGCCUUCCGCUCAACGGCGCAUUGAUACCCAGCAACGCCCGAGUUCCAGGCGCAGGAACUCGAGGGAUAAUAGGUGGUGACAUAGAGUGCCCUAAUUUUACGAAGCUUAUUCGCAAUGGGAAGGCAUUUGGUUAUGCUUGUAUUGCGCCCGUAGAUAAAUCAAUGACACACUUUUGUGGCCAAGUAGCGCCGAAUUCUAGACCAAGAAGAUGUGCCCGUUGCAUUCUCCCAGGCGAAGUAUGGGACGGGUGGACCGUGUAGGAACAAACAGCAUUGGGACCGCGGUUUUCCAUACAGUUAGAAUUUGAUUCUAGACAUGAAGGGUAUUGGUUG